UGCGCUAAAGUUGAGUCUUGUGGCAGUUCACAUCACCGCCGCCAACACGUAGGGCAAAACGCUCUGCAAGUGUCUCCCUCCGUUACCUUUUGGGACUUAAAGACUUUCGUUGGACCUGCUUCAGACUGCUGUUACCAAAGACUUUAAUCCAAAAAUGGCUGCUCUUUCAGCCUGGUUCUGGAGUGAGAGGUUCUGGCUGCCGCACAACGUCACCUGGGCGGAUCUGUCGGAGCAGGCGCCCGGGGUGGAGUAUCCAAAGCCCGCACACUUGUUUACAGCUUUACCGCUAGCUUUGGGGCUCUUCGGCGUUAGGAUACUAUUUGAAAGGUUCAUUGCCAGUGCGUGUGCCCGGAGUCUCCACAUCCAGGCGGGCGUAGGACGGAGAGCCCAACCCAAUGCUGUCCUCGAGAAAGUGUUUACAUCCAUCACAAAGAACCCAGACACACGGCGCCUUGAUGGCCUUUCGAAGCAGCUGGACUGGGACGUGCGGAAAGUCCAGCGCUGGUUCCGACACCGCAGGAACCAGGACAAACCCAGCACGCACACCAAGUUCUGUGAGAGCAUGUGGAGGUUUACAUUUUAUUUGGGUAUAUUUAUAUAUGGAUUGCAGUUUCUAUGGCAGACUCCGUGGCUGUGGGACACAAGGCAAUGCUGGUACGGUUACCCCUAUCAGCCGCUGACCUCUGGGAUGUACUACUUUUACGUAACACAGCUGGCUUUCUACUGUUCACUCAUGUUUUCACAGUUCAUCGACAUAAAAAGAAAGGACUUCCUGGUCAUGUUCAUCCACCACUUGGCGACGGUGGGCCUGAUCAGCUUCUCUUAUGCCAACAACAUGGUGCGCGUGGGCAGCCUGGUGAUGUCCGUGCACGACGCCUCAGACUUCCUGCUGGAGGCUGCCAAAAUGGCCAACUACGCCAAGUAUCAGAGAGUGUGUGACUCCAUCUUCAUUGUGUUCAGUCUCGUGUUCUUCGUCACCAGGCUGAUCAUUUAUCCCAUAUGGGUGCUGAACUCCACCAUGUUCGAGAGCUGGGAGAUCGUGGGCCCGUACCCGUCCUGGUGGGUGUUUAACUUGUUGCUGCUGGUGCUUCAGGUUCUUCACAUCAUCUGGUGCUACCUCAUAUUACGCAUCGCUCUGAAGGCCAUCGCACGCGGAAAGGUGAGCAACGACGUGCGCAGUGACAUCGAGACCAGCUCAGAGGAGGAGGCCGACUCCAACGGCACCAACGGACACUGCACAAACUCCAUAAACUCAACUAUCACAUCACCGGGAGACACGAGGGAGAGCUAGUGUCUACUGCGCCCCCUGUAGGCCUGUUCUAGUCAUUAAACCCUCACCCACACGCCUUACACUGUGUCGGGGGACUGAAGAGCAGACACCGGCGACGGAGCAGCGGCAGACGUGAAAAAGGAAAAUACUUGCGGUUAGAGAUUGGUUUAUAAUUUACAAAACGGGAUGAUUUUGUGUGGCGUUCGGCUCCACGUGUUUUAAAAGUUCUCUCCCAGUUUUAUUGGUCAGAUGAACUUGAUUUUUUUAUUCUGUUCAAGGGAUAGUCCAGAUUUUUGUAUGAGGAGGUCUGUCAGAUACUGAAGUUUAAAGGCGCAUUGUGUAACUUUUCUGGUAGAGGGUCCACCACCUGAAUAUUCUACUGUAUGGCAUUUAAUUUCAUCUCCAGGGACACACGCGGGCCACAUCUCCAGGCCAAGUCACGUGUCAGAUCUGUGGAGAAGAGGACCAAAAAGUUACACAGUGCAUCUUUAAGGUCUGUGGUUAUUUUUGGAGAAGCAAAUAAGACCAAUGAAGUCGUCAGUGGAUCGCGACUACUCGGAAGGAUGGAAGUACCGUAAUUAACGCAGCAUAAUUCUUGUUUAAAUUACCUACUUUGGUUUUUACGUUUUUUUAAUUGUUUUAGAUUUUAUUUAAAUGACCUUUUAUUUUUUGGCUUUAAUUAAACGAAUGAUUGUUCUUGUUUGCUUCUCCAAAAUAUUUUAGUGAUGAGCUGCAGGACGUGGUGGAGCGUAACAAAGUAAAAGUAGGAAAGUGCUGUAUCUGUACUUAACUUGUGGAUACUUUUUACUUUUACUUCACUACAUUUGAGAGCUUGUAUCUGUGCUUUCUACUCAACUACAUUUUUGAACAAGACAAGAAAAGUAAAAGUGUUUUUUAUUAUUGUUUGAAACCUGCUGAAAAGCGUUUGAAGCUUUAUUAGAUCCCAAAAUCUGUGUGAAAUACUUUUACUUUUUACUCUUUAAGUAAAUUUUUGAACUGGUACUUCAAUACAUUUACCUAAGUAUGAAGUAUUAAGUAUUUUCAUGGGAUGCUUUUACUUUUAAUUGAGUCUUAUUUUGCUCCGGUAUCUGUACUUUUACUUAAAGGUGCACUAAAGGGUCUGAUACCUGCUUGAGUCCAUGUAGAUAUUUUGUUAGUUUUUUUCCUGGAAUUUAUCUGUCUCCAUGGAGAGGUCAGUUACAGGUCAGAUCUGUGGAGAAGCGGGCCCACUCAUGUUUUUAAUAUUUUUGCAGUAGUUUUGAGAAAUAAAAACACCUGUAAUCGAACAAAUACAAGAUAUAUUUGUUUAAAGCCAUACUGUGGAACAUUCUAAGCAAAGCAGCAUCACCAUGGAGACAAGCAGAUGGCCGACCCUCCACCAAAAAAGUUACGCAGUGCACCUUUAAGUAACAAAACUGAGUACUUCUUCCACCACUGGCUGCCACUAAGAUCAGGGUUCAUACAGUCAUGGAAAACCUGGAAAAAAGUCAGGGCAAAAUCUAAAUUUCAGGCCCUUGAAAAGUUUGGGAAUUUUGCUGGUUUUAGAAUAAUCCUGGAAUUUGUAUGAAACGUUUGGCUCCAAAAAGGAUACGUGUGAAAUAUGUACAAUUAUUUGAUCAGUUUCAAUCAGCCAAUAAAAGCACAACAUUGACUUUGAAGCAUGAGAACUCAAGGUCAUGGAAAACUGAGGAAUGGUUAUGGAAAAGUCCUGGAAAACCUUAAGUUAACAUCUGUACGAACCCUGUAACACGCUUUACAGUAUCUAUUAUUCCACCAGUGCAUAUAAAACACUGCACUAUCCCUUUAGUCCACACUAGAUCAGUUAGAGCUGCUACAGAGGUGCACUUGAGGCUUUUAUCGUCAGAGUAGGAAUAUUACUUUGUAUAUAUGUUCUAAUAAAUAAAUAAAUUAGUAAAUCUGACGUUUGGUCCAAAGUGCAAUGCGCUUUACAUGUUUUUGUUGACGGCAGCACGUUCGGCUCUUUGAUAUUUAUUGUGGAUUUAACUUGUGUUUUCACUUUGGUUUUACUGUUUUUUUUACUACUUCUGAAACCAAAAAAUAUUGAUGAAAUUGUACAUUGUCACUGCCUUUUGAGAUAUCCAGUUUGCGAGGACUGUGCUAAAUUGAAUAAAUGUUCUCAAUUGAGUGCCUUGUAAAUCAAUUUCAGAAUAUAUUCGUUUUGAAAAGUG